AUCUAUGAAACACCUAUGAAUACGUAUGGGAAAUUCCCUCGCCUCACCGAUAAAUGGAGGGCGUGUCGGAACUGUCUCAUUCUUGAAUCUCUUGGUAAUCCAAUCAGGAGGUCAGUACAGUGCUGUCAGUAUUUCGCUUUGAUCAUCUGUAUAGGUCUAGGUGGCAGCCCCUACCAAACAAUGGCAGCUCAAUCCUUGGUCCCCUACAUCCACCCAAGCCCAGCUUACCACAGGGAUUUUUUCCUGUUGCAAAUUCCCUUCAAGAUCGACAACCAACCAAGUGUCAUCAAAAUAGUGGAUACCACUCCUGUGCUACACUGUCCUGAGGUGGAAAUCUCAGUGCAACUGGUUGUACUAGCUCAGCAUGUCUCCACUGUGCUAGCUGAAUACAGUAUCAGGCUAAAAGGAGCGUAUUACGAUGACAACUAUCCACUCUAUGCCAUUGAUCUACCUCCUCCAAUAUCCAAAGAGGGACUGCACUCUCUUUUGCCUGCUUUCUCAAAUGUUUGCUACAGAAUUACUGAGAGAUAUUUUUCACGAGUUCCUUGCAAGACCGUAGUGGAAGUUCACUUUCAGUUUUUUCUCUGCUCCCCUGCAAAGGACAGCUUUACAACUUCCAAACUCACCUCAAUUCAGCUUGGACAAGAAUCAGACGAGAUUCUUUUGACCUUUUUAGACAGCAAGAUGUUUAAAUUCUCUGAGCUCUUCACCUCUAGAUCCAGCUCGUCCCCUACAAUCAUUGGAUCAUCCUCUAAAGGUGCUGCUGUAUCAUUUGUGUCACUCCUCCGAGCACUGAGUGGGAAGGCCAGUCACAAGUGGUUCAAUUUCGGAGCCCUGCUAGGAGUAUCCGCUGAGAAAUUGCAGAGAAUUGAGAAGCAACACCAGAAUGCAGACUCUUGCUUGACACACACACUCAAGAAUGUGGUGGACAGCAACACCGAGCUGACGUGGGGAGAGGUAGUCUCAACGCUUUCCACUGUUGGGCUGAGCAUUCUGGCAGAGGAAGUCAGUAAGGAACAUGGUGUAUGCUUCCUGAGGGCUGCUGAAAAUGAACCUUCGACUAAACCCACUCUCCAAUCUCUGAGCCAAUCUUUAGCUGAUGUCAGUGCCAAGUGGUUCAAUUUUGGUGCUCUUCUAGGAGUCCCCCCCAGUACACUACAAGCAAUUGACAACCACUACAACUCGGACUGUGAUGACUGCCUCACUAGAAUGCUUAUGUGGCUGAUAGAAAACUCACCCAUCACAUGGUCCUCAGUAGCACAAGCUCUGGGCCAGAUUGGAUAUGGAGACCUAGCGGAACAAAUCAGACAAUCACAUGAUAUCUUACCAGUACCAUCUGAGAGUGGUGUAACACAGCAAGCUGAAGUAAGAGCCGAUGAUACAGAACAGUGGAAAAUUGAAAUAGAAUUAUCUGUUACUGAAGUACGACAAGAGGUCGACACUCUUAAGCAAGGUUAUGCUAUUAUGAAAGAUGUGCUAAAUGGGCUACAAGAAGAAAAAGAUAAAAUCGAAAAACGCUUUGAGCAGGAACAAGCACAUUGCAACAGCCUUUAUGAAUCGAAAAGACUCCUGACCAUUCACUUGCAAAAAGAUGAACAACACUGCAAGAAAAUCAAGGCCAUUGAGGAAGAAAUUAUUGAGAAAGAAUCGACAGUAGCUGAUUUAAAGAGUGAACUUGAUUGCACCGAUACAAAAUACAAUGACAAAUCUCAGGAAAUGUCCCGUCUUGCUACAGCCCUAUCGGUGAGAACAAGUGAACUUAUAGAAAAAUCCUUUGUUUUGUCAAAAAUUGAAGAGUCAUUUUUUGAGUGCGAUGAUGCUGCUCUUAGAAUUGCUGACAAGCGAAUACUAGACUAUCAACAACGGCUGGUGGAGGCUAAGAAGGUUUCUCAGGCUGCUUAUCUGGCUGAAAUAAAGUCACAACUUGAAACUGAAACCGAAUGCGUGAAGAACCUUGAAGAAAAGUGCCACCUUAUUGACAAACAGUGCUCUGACCUUGCCACCAUUGUUGCUAGUAUUGAAGGAGACAUUGCUACCAAAGAACAAGCUUGUGAGACUCUGGAAAGCAAUACCGAGGGGUUUUUUCAGCAGCAGAAGCAGAUUGAGCUCACUCAGCUAAAAAUGGAAAUAAUAAAUCGCAAACUGGAGCUUGCUAAAGCAAAGAUCAAACAUCGAGAUUCCACACAAGAAUUAGCUUACCAUCGAAAAGAUUUUCAAAGAGCAAAAAACCUUUUGCAACUGUUUUCUUUCCAGCCUGAACUAAGCAAAUGCAGUGUGGAUGGUAUCGAUGUACCCGUACACAAAGCAAGAGCAUACGUUGCCAUGGAGAUCAAGGUCCAUCUUUACAACAGAGACGGCGAGCCAUGCAGCGGACAGCAUUUAGUUUCUCUAUGCUGUGAAACAGAUGAGCAGAUGUUUACUGAGGCCAAUAGCAGUGCCCCUGAUGGCACUUACUCUCUCUCCUACACCCCCUCAUGUCUGGGGGAGCGCUCGUUAGUGGUAGCCGUGAACAGUACACCCAUCAACAAAACGCCCUUCAACGUGUUCUUCCUGAACAGCCCUCAUCCCCCAAAUUGCACUGUUAUUUUAGACAAGAAAAUUGUCCAACACAAAAAAUUUGACGCCCUCGUGCAACUCAAAGACCAGAAUGGUGACCAAAUCAAUUCACGACAGAACGUGUCAGCGUAUUUUAAAUUUCCUGAUACAUUCAAGAAGACUGAAGCAAUUAUUUCCUCUUCUAGUGAUUCUCCUGACAAGUACACGCUUGUAUUAACUACGCCUUCUAGUGGUGAGGGAGUGCUCUCCGUUUUUGUUGACGAUCAGCUCAUUGCUAGUCCCAGUGUAAUCAUUACUAGUCCCAGUGUAAUCAUUGCUAGUCCCAGUGUAAUCAUUACUAGUCCCAGUGCUAGUCCCAGUGUAAUCAUUACUUCAAAAAGCAGUACCCGCUCAACUAAUUUGUUGCUGGGAAUGGGUGGCCUUGGAGAAAAGAUGGUUUCCAACAUUCCACAUUCAAAAGGUCCUCACCAUCCCUUCAAAAUGCUUCUCAUUGGUGAAACUGGAUCUGGCAAGACUUCUUUUCUCAACCUUCUGUACAACUGCGGUACUGUGCAGGCUCUUGGAUGUGGGUUCGGAGCUGAAGGUCUUGAACAAUUUAAACAGUUCAAUGACAUCCAGCUAGAAAAUGCAAUGGAGCAUGCAAUGCAAAGCAAAACGAAUGAUGCCAAGCGAUACAAUGUUGAAGUUGGAGAUCUUAAGGUUGGAGUAAUCGAUACUCCUGGCUUUGGUGAUUCUCGUGGUCUGGACCAAGACAAGGAAAAUGCUGAAAAGAUUGUGAAUGCACUAAAAGCUGAAGACUACAUUAACUGUGUCUGCCUGAUCAUCAAUGGCUAUCAAGCUCGAAUAAGUGUUUCGCUGAAGUAUGUUCUGUCCGAGAUCACUGCCAUUUUGCCAAGAGAUAUCCUUAACAAAUUGAUUGUUGUUUUCAGCAGCACCAGUGAAGCACUGGACCUCAACUUCGAUCCGAAAUUACUGACUGAAUAUUUUGGUAAGGAAGUCGACAACGUCUUUUACAUCGAAAAUCCUUACUGCCGGUUUGAGAAAGCACGGAGUAAAGUGAAACAGCUCGGUAUUGACUUAAUUGCAAGCUCUUUACAGAAAUCUUUUGAAGCCACUACUAAAGUCCUGGGUGAUAUGUGCACCACGAUCAAAGAUUUCUCUCGGGUUCACACACGUCGAUUUGUUGAGCUCUAUGAGAAGAGGCAAGCCAUUGAAAGCACUGUUUUCGUUGCACUCAAUGAGUAUGAAAACCAGAUUUUCUUGGAAAAGGAAAUAAGAAACAAGAGGAAAGAAGUGUCGGCUGCUAUGGGUCGAAAGGAAUUAUUCAAGAAACGAGUAUCAAAAGCAAUGGAAGCUGAAUUCAACAAAGCCAAAAGUGAUGAAGAACGAGCUCAACUAUUGUACCACCAGUUUGAGGAGAAAAAACUAGCAUCUGAAACUAAACGACAGCAGCUGUAUGACGAGCUUAUUAAAGCAAUCUCAGAGUUUGAGACCUUGGGAAUUGCAAGGAAUUACACAAAAUUGAUCGAAAACCAGUUGGCUCUAAUAGACACACAUCUUGAAGGUUCAACUGGCCCCGAGUUCGAAUACCUUUGUAAGACCAGGAAUGAUGUCAAGAAAAUGCUGGAGGUGGUGCAAAAAGCCAAGAAAACGAAGUAAUACACAUUAUAAAUACCCCAGGCUUUGACAUGUAAUUAUAAUUAUAUAGCUACCUCUUUCGAUAGUUUAUUAGAACGGUUUUAGAUUUCUGAGUGUAGUGUUGUUUGCUAAUUAAAGUUAUAGUGUUUGUUUGAACGGUUUUAGAUUUAAUUUUAACUGAGUGUAGUACGUGUUGUUUGCUAAUUAAAGUUAGUGUUUGUUUGACUGCAUUAUUGUAUUGACUUAUAAUUAUGUCCAAAUGUGA